AUGGCUCAGAACGGCAGCAAUGGUGCUCUAAGCACCAACGGUGUGACAACAGGGAUUGCGCAGGUGCCAACGACGACGAAGGGCGCCCCUCAAAACCUCGAUGAGAAGAUGCCCAACCCAGGCCUGCCGCGUGCGAACAAAGCUGUGUCUGCAGAAAAGCCCUCAGGAGGUCCUUCUCCCCAGGACAGGACGGUGCUGCAGCAGCAUGUGGACUUCUUUGACUUUGACAAAGAUGGCAUCUUGUACCCACAGGACACCUUCAAUGGUUUCCACAAGAUCGGCUUCAACAUCUUCCUGUCAGCCUUUGCUGUGCUUGUGAUUCAUGGCACCUUCUCCUACCCCUCUCAGGACGGAUGGUUCCCUGACCCCUUCUUCUCUGUGAAGAUCAACAACAUCCACAAGUGCAAGCACGGCUCUGACUCAGAGUCAUACGACACCGAGGGCCGCUUUGUGCCGGAGAAAGCAGAGGAGGUGUUUGCCAAGUAUGACAAAGGCAACAAGGGAGGUCUCUACUACAAGGACAUUCUCACCAUGAUCAACGGCAAUCGCAAUAUCUUUGACCCCGUUGGCUGGACUGCUGAGUUCCUCGAGUGGAGCGCUCUCUGGCUGAUUGCUGCUGAUGACAAGGGAUUGCUGCCAAAGGAAGCUGUGCGCGCACAAUAUGAUGGUUCACUCUUCUAUCAGCUGGCUCGCAAGACUGAGGCAAGGAGAGCCGCUGUAAAGAGGGAUACCUCGAAGGUGCAGUAG